UUCAGACUUCAUUGAGAUCUAUAAGAUCACUUGAAUACUAUCUUCUUCUUUUUUUUAAUGUUUUGCUCUCUCUUCUUAUUUAACAAAAAGUCAAAAUAUUAAGAAGAAGAGGAAGAAGAUAGAAGAAACUCAUUCUCUCCGCAGAGAUCAUAAAAUCCAUGGCUUCUACUUUAAGGCUCUCUAAUAGCUUCAUCAUCCUCCUACUCUUCUCUCUGGUAUAUAUCUCUCUGUGGGUGGUGGAGGCACACACGUCAAGAAAGCUGAUAUCGAUCAAGGAACAACAAGGCCAAGAUGUUAAUCAUUUUCUGAAAGAUGGUGAUUUUGAUGAUCCUUCACUGUACGUGUAUUUCAGACUCAAUGAUCUCAAACUAGGAACCAAACUAAGGAUUUACUUCUACAAAAACGAUCUUCAAAAGCUUCCUCCACUUCUCACAAGACAACAAGCUGAUCGCAUUCCUUUCACCAAGUCGAAACUUGACUUUCUUCUGGACCAUUUCUCUAUCUCCAAAGACUCUCCUCAAGGAAAAGCCGUAAAGGCGACUUUGGGACAUUGUGAUGCUAAAGAAAUUGAAGGAGAGCAUAAGUUUUGUGGUACUUCUCUAGAGUCAAUGGUUGAUCUUGUGAAGAAAACACUGGGGUCUAAUGUUGACCUCAAGGUCAUGACGACUAAAAUAAUGGCACCUACUCGAGAUCCGAUAAGUUACGGUUUGUAUAACUAUACAUUCGUCGAGGCUCCUAAAGAACUUAUUGGGAUUAAGAUGUUGGGAUGUCAUAGGAUGCCAUACCCUUAUGCUGUUUACUAUUGCCAUGGGCAUAAAGGUGGAAGCCGACUCUUUGAAGUUAAGAUGGUGACGGAUGAUGGGAAACAACGGGUAGUAGGACCAGCUAUUUGCCACAUGGACACAUCCAUGUGGGACGUGGAUCAUGUAGCCUUCAAGGUGUUGAAAAUGGAGCCGAGGUCAGGACCGGUUUGCCACUUCUUCCCUCUUGAUAACAUUGUGUGGGUGACAAAGUAAGAGAGACUAUAGGCUUAGGUAAUAUAUAAUGUGAGUAUGUAAUGUGUCGUCUUGUAAUAUCUAUGGUUUGGGAGAAAAGAAAAAAACAAAAGACAGCCUUGUUGUUGGCUUUGGUGUUGCCUCUUUUGUGUGACUUGCAGCGACGUGACAAUGCUACAUGUAACAUAUAAAUAUAAGGUUGUUACAUAA